AUGUUCUUGGUAAUUGUAGCGAUUUCUACCUCUGUACUAUCUAAUGAGUCUUCUCGUAUUCCAUUCUUGAACGGUGAUAAUUUUUCAGACUGGAGGGACAAAAUCCUUCUAACAUUAGGGUGCAUGGACGUUGAUCUGGCACUCCGUGUGGAUGAACCUCCUGAACCCACGGACGAGAGUUCUGCUGGAGAAAAGAGUGCUUAUGAUAACCAGAGCAUUAGGGGCUCAAUCCCACCAUCUGAUAAGGUCAAGAACUACAUGAGGGCUAUUGAAGAGCAAUUUGUUAGUUCUGACAAAGCAUUGGCAAGUACCCUAAUGAACAAACUAUCAGGAAUGAAGCAUAAUAAUUCUAGGAGUGUGCGUGAGCACAUUAUGGAAAUGAGGAGCAUUGCAGCUCGUCUUAAGUCCUUAGAGAUUGAGAUUUCUGAGUCAUUCCUUGUCAAUUUCAUACUCAAUUCCCUUCCUAUGGAAUAUGGAGCAUUCCAAAUUUCCUACAACACUUAA